AUGAUCCGCAUGAAAAGGACCCUUUGCCGAAAAUACAAGCAGGCGAAGAAUGGCAUUGCCGAAAGUGAAAAGGCUUUCGACAUACUCAAUGAAGCAGCACCCAGCGAUUCAAAGACAGAGUGGCUAGCCAGCGAGAGGAUCGCUCAGUCCAGCAGAAUAAAUAAUCCUGCGGCUAUGGAUGUAUAUGAGAUUAAUAUCAAGAAGGCACCGAGCAAAAAGGAGAUCGAGCUUAGGCUACUAGAGGAGGGUAAUGCCCGAAAUGCAGCACCUGCUCGCAGGUCUGUGGCGACAUGGAUAUCAAUGGGGUUGGCGAUUGAAGAGGCUCAAAUCGCAUUGCUCAUCGAGGUCCGAAGGAUUGGUAGAAGAACUACCGAGACACAGAAGUUAGACAUCGCCCGGCAACGCGAUCGUCUCCAAGGCCAGAUAGAUGGAUUCACUCGGUCUGCUAUUACGCAUCUCGGAGAGGGAUUUGAUGCAGAUGAUGAUCCUGAAGACUUGUACUUGGACAUUCUUGAUGAUCUCGAUGAUGACUUGGCAGACUUCACCGAGACAUCUGACACAUGGGCAAACUACCCUGAGCUCACUGUAAUCCCAUUGCCAUCAAACCUCGGGGUAGAUCGAUGCAGACGCUGUAUGGCAGACGAUCUCAUUCCGCUGGAGAUGUCUCUUCGUGAAGGGCAGGCCAAUGACUCCCUUCACAACCUCCGAAUUCACUUGUGCAACAAGGCGAUUCUGUUUCGAACAACAGUUAGGCAAGCCAAAUCCCAGGCCCUGAAAACUCGAGCUUGGUCCCAGGUGACGUCGGUGCAGCAGGCAGUGUCCCUCCAUGCCAGUAUAUAUACGAAGACGAGGAAGCAAAUGAUGCAACUGGAGCCAGGGCAAGACCAGGUUCAGAAAUACAAACCCCUGCUUCGAGAGCAACUCAAAAUCAGCACUGCCGUCGGCGAUCCAAAUGCCCGAGGUCAGCGAAACGAGUCCCUCACUUGGUUCUGGUCAGUCGAAGUCGACCUUGGGGGUCCCAAUCACUCGUGGAAUGAGGAAUUUUACCGAGUUCAUUGGCUCCGGGCAAAGGCACUACGGGAUCGAUGGAAGGAAGAAAUGAUGUUGGUCCAAUUGGAGAUGGAUUGGACAUGUAACUUUUUCUUGUGGAAAGCAACCCAAUGGGGUGACAGGAUGCGCGAAUCAUUGGUGAAACACCUUCCGGGUCAUGCAUGCUACUCGGGAAGGCAAUCCCAAAUGUAUUCAUUGCUGGCACAGGAUGCCCAGGCAGCAUUUCAAGACCUGAAGACCGGGUUUAUAGAUGCUCGAGAUGAAUGA